UUGAUUCUUGCGACGGUUUCGCGGGCUCGUCACACGCGUGUUUUGAAAACGCGACCUGCACUCGCUGUGGAUGCUGUAGCCGCUGUUGAAGUGAUUUUAGUAACGUUUGAACAAUCAUGUCGUUUGUGGAGGACGAAGUAUCAGACAGUGGAGUGGGCUCUCGCUCGCGGUUGGAAACCUAUGUGUUCAGUUGUGAGUUGUCUUCUGAAGUUCCAUUUUACACAUUUCAAGCAGAUGAAGAUGACGAUGUAGAACAUUUUCUCGAGCUUAGAACGAUUUGUCUGGGUGACGGUGCCAAAGAGGAGAAUAAUGUUGUGGAAGUGACCGCUAUGAAUCACCAAGGAAAGAAAAUAUCAGUGCCUGUAGCUAAUCUCAACAUUUCCUGCCUGCCUAUGGUAAGCCUCGGGGAGUUUGAGUUGAUGGCUCCUGUCACACUACGCCUGAAAUCUGGAACUGGACCAGUGACCGUCAGUGGGUUACAUUUAAUUGCCACAGAGAAUGAAGGGUCUGAAUUAUCAGAUGAAGAUGAUGAUGAUGAUGUCAGUGAGGAGGAAAUGCCCUCAGUCAAACCAGCCAAGAAAAAGCAGAAAGCUUAAUUAGAGAUGCUUACACCAGACAUUUAUGUUUUAUACAGUAUUAGACUUGAUGUUCUACUACGAGACGUGACGGAGUUGUGUAGAAUUUAAUGGAAUUUUGUACUUGCAGAUGUGGUUGCAAAUGUUAAACAGAAAGGUUAAAGCCUCCAUACAACCAGCUCCAUGAACAUUCAUGUUGAAAAUGUUUUAAUAGUUAAUACUGU